AGUAUUAUUAUUCUUAUUUAUUUUUUAAUCACAUUGAAUUCUUUUAAUUCAAACCUCAACCAGCGAAACCUACUUUCAUCCGAACACUCUCCGACGAAAGGAGGUGAUGAUCUCGUCUCAUGAUCAUUUCCCUCAGACCCGGAUCGCUCCUUCGCUUUAUAAUCCUCUCUCCUUCAAUUUCACCACCAUAUCUGAAAUGGCUUUCCACUACAGCAAUCACAACUUCUCCUCCUCAGCUACUGCCCCCAGAAGACCAACUCCGUCUGUUCUUCAAUGGCUUCAACGAUCGCAAACAAAACUCGGAUUUCGAGCUUGCCCUUGUUACAGCUUUGAAGUCCUGUUCAUCCCUCCAGACGGUCUCCCAAGGCCAGCAAAUCCAUUGCCUCGUCGCCAAGUCCGGCCUUGAUUCGAACAUUUUUGUGCAGAAUAGUUUGAUUAACAUGUAUGCAAAAUGUGGGUUGAUUGCGGCUGCCCGCUUGAUGUUUGAUUCAUGUUCUGUCUUGGAUUCUGUAUCUUGUAAUAUUAUGAUCACUGGAUAUGUGAAGUUUGGUCAUUUAGAUGCUGCCCGCCAGCUGUUUGAGAUAAUGCCUGGCAAAGGCUGUGUUUCAUACACGACCAUGAUAAUGGGUUUGGCUCAGCAUGAUUGUUGGAUUGAAGCAGCCAAGGUUUUUAAGGAUAUGAGGUAUGCUGGUGUGACCCCAAAUGAGGUGACAAUGGCAAGCGUUAUCUCGGCUUACUCACAUAUAGGUGUGAUAUGUGAUGGUCGAAUGCUCCAUGCUAUGGUAGCUAAAUUGGGGCUUGAAGAGUUUGUUCUUGUUUCAACUAAUUUGGUGCAUAUGUAUUGCCUUUGUUCUGGUUUGGAGGAUGCAAGGAUCUUAUUUGAUGUCAUGCCAGAGCGUAAUAUAGUUUCUUGGAAUGUAAUGCUAAAUGGGUAUUCAAAGGAAGGACGUAUCAAUUUGGCUAGAGACUUGUUUGAGAGGAUUCCCAUGAAAGAUGUUGUUUCAUGGGGUACAAUGAUUGAUGGCUAUGUGCAAGCAGAGAGAUUAAGGGAAGCUUUGACUAUGUAUUCGGCAAUGCUAUGCACUGGGUUAGGACCAAAUGAAGUUAUGGUUGUAGAUUUGAUUUCAGCUUGCGGGCAUUCAAUGGCAGUCAGUGAGGGUCAGCAGCUUCAUGGUGUGAUCAUAAGAAGGGGCUUUGAUGGUAAUGAUUUCAUUCAAUCAACAAUAAUCCAUUUUUAUGCAGCUUGCUACAAGAUCAACCUAGCUCAUUUGCAAUUCGAAUUGGGAAGCAAGGAUCAUCUCUCAUCUUGGAAUGCACUUAUUGCGGGAUAUAUAAGAAAUGGAAUGAUUAACCAGGCAAGGAAAAUAUUCUGUGAAAUGCCUGAAAGAGAUGUCUUCUCGUGGAGUGCCAUGAUUUCUGGUUAUGCUCAGAUUGAGCAGCCUGAUAUAACGUUGGAACUCUUCCAUGAAAUGGUGGCUAGUGGGGUCCAGCCAAACGAAGUUACGAUGGUUAGCGUCCUCUCUUCAAUUGCCACUCUGGGCUCUUUGAAGGAAGGUUUAUGGGCCCAUGAAUACAUAUGUAAUAAUUCCAUCCCUCUGAAUGACAAUUUAGCUGCAGCACUGAUUGACAUGUAUGCCAAAUGUGGGAGCAUCAACAGAGCACUAGACUUGUUCUAUAAAAUCCGAGGAAAUGUUUCUUCUGUCUCACCGUGGAAUGCAAUUAUAUGUGGGCUGGCUAUGCAUGGACAUGCAGAUAUGUCCCUUCAAAUAUUUUCUGAGUUGCAACAGGUCCAUAUUAAACUCAAUUCAAUCACGUUCAUUGGGGUCUUGAGUGCAUGUUGCCAUGCUGGUUUGGUGGAAGUAGGGGAGCAGCAUUUCAUGAGCAUGAAAAAUUUGUACAACAUAGAUCCAAACAUCAAGCAUUACGGAUGUAUGGUGGAUCUCUUGGGCAGGGCUGGGCGAGUGGAGGAAGCUGAGGAAUUGAUUAGAAGCAUGCCCAUGGAGGCAGACGUGGUUAUAUGGGGCACGUUGUUGGCAGCUUGCAGAAAGCAUGGGAAUGUGGAAAUAGGCGAGAGAGCUGCAGAGAGUUUGUCUAGGUUGGAUACAUCUCAUGGAGCGGGUAGAGUUCUUUUAUCUAACAUAUACGCAGAUGCAGGGAGGUGGGAUGAUGCAUUUCUGGUGAGGAAAGCCAUGCAAAGUCAGAGAAUGCAGAGAUUAUCUGGUUGCAGUGGAGUUGUAUGAUAUGGUAAUGAGCUUCUUCUACAAAUGUUGAGAGUUCUGAUCGACUGGAGUAUGCAGAUAGCUAUUUCAUCUGGGCAAAACAUUGACUAUUGAAAGAUGGACUUCAAAUUUUUGAAGAACUAAUUUUUUGAAUUUUAAAAAGCAAUGAAGUACUCUCUCUCUCUCUCUCUCUCUCUGCCUUCCCCCUAUUUGAUUUGUCCCAUCUGAGGGUUCAGCUAAUUUUUAGUGCCUUUUUUUUAUCAAAUGGGCUAUGGAUGGUCAAAUUUGUGCCAGCUAUAUCCAUGGAAGUAAUUUGGCUAUGUCAUUUUGAUAUGGAAAUGGUGGUCAAUACUGGAUAAAUUUUGUAAUAUUUUUUUGGAGUGGUGUUCAUUAAUCUGUGAAAUGAUAAUUGUUCUUUUGAUGAA